CUACUGUGAAAAGGUUUUAUAUAAAUACCAAUAUUUUAUCGAAUGGUGACAAAUUUGAAAUUACACUUGAUCAAAGAAAACUCAAGACUCCACAGGGGAAAGUAUUUGAAGUAAAUAGUAAAGCACUUGCAUUAGCAGUGGCUGCAGAAUGGAAUGCUCAAAAAGGAGUUAUUGAUAGAAGCAACAUGCACUUGACAGCUCUGUGUAAUACAGUACUAGAUAAUCCUCAUAAUCAUACAAAACUUGAUAUGGUAAAUUAUAUAGUUAACUGUUUGGAAAUGGAUACCUUAUUAUUUCACUCAAAUGAGACUGAAUUAUAUAAAUUACAAGUAGAGAAGUGGGACCCGUUAGUACAAUGGUUCUGUGAUAAUUAUGGGGUAGAUAUAAUAAAAACCAAAACUAUAGAAGCUCCCACAGUGUCUACAGAAACUAAAGCAAUAUUGUUGAGACACUUAAUGUCGUAUGACCACAGCGCAGUAUAUGGUUUCAUGUAUGGAGUAGAUGCAAUAAAAUCUGUAAUUCUCACAUUAGCUACAGCAGAAAGAGUACUCAGUGUAGAAGAAGCAGUAAAACUGUCACUUUUAGAGGAAGGUUUUCAGACUGCUCAUUGGGGAUCUGUGGAAUGGCAUCACGAUCAUAACAAGUAUGAUUUACAGGCUCGUUUAGCUGCAGCAAUCUUAUUUGUGCAUUUAAACUCUUGUUCAGUAACAAAACGACCCAAAAAUAAUAAUGAAAACAUUAGUUAAUAUACGAAGUUUUUGUACUAUGAAUAAAUUCGAGUAUAAUGAAAUGGUAACAAUAUUUUGACUAAUUCGAAGAAUGACAAGAGGAUGAAUCAAUAGGGGAUAACACUUCCACUGGUAUGGAACAAUCCGAACCCAUCCACUCUUUUGUACAAAUACAGCUGAAAUAAUGAAUAUAAUGUUUAAUGAACGAGUUAAAUACUGAAGACUAUGCAUGAAGUCCAAACAAGAAUUUACCUAUAUGUAGCUCCAUGGUUCAAACAUACAGCACCAUUUUUACAUGAAUGGCGAAUACAUUCGUUACGAUGACAUUCUCCAACCCCACGGCCGGUUGCGGGACUAGAACUUGAUAUUGGAUAAAUUGCGCCAGCUGUGCGUAUUUCAAUGUCGAAUAUGCAACCAGAGAAUCCAGUAUGAAGAGGCAGAUCAUGGGGCAUAAAAUUGAGAGAACAAACCAAUGUAAAGAAUCGGUGACACGUCCAGACGAGUCAUGGAUCCAACAACUCGUCCAGUCACAUUACCUAUACCAUCUACAGCGAGCCACGCAUCCCGGCCACUUCUUCCAACCCGAACGGUAUGUGCUAUAUAACUCUUACUUGCUGUAGCUGUUAUUGUUGUGGCGCUCAACGGAGCACUCGUAAAUAUCCUACGUACACCUGUACAAAGGAAAUACAAGAGAUUAUAAACUGAAAUACAAUUCUA